GCAACUUUCGAAUCGAUGGAUCUAAGACCAGAAGUUUUAGAAGCAAUUAAACAAGGACCAUUAAAAGAAGUUGACCCUUUACGACCAACAGAAAUUCAAGCAUUGACCAUACCAGAAGUUUUAAAGUCUGAAGGACAACAUAUUUUGUGCGCAGCUGAAACAGGUAGCGGUAAGACUUUAGCUUACUUAUUACCGAUCAUUAAUAAAAUUAAAGUUCAAGAGAUGAAAGUACCGUCAUUUUCUCCUAUACCAACUGACAAUAAAACCGUAGUAUUAGAAGAUCAAUUAGAAAAAGAAGCAAAGACACAGGCAUCAUUAAAAUCUCCAGUAAGACUAUUGAAUAGACCUAGAGCUAUCGUUCUUUUGCCUUCAAGAGAAUUAGUUGAACAAGUUCUCUCUGUUUCCAAACACAUGUGUCAUUUUGCAAAAUUUCGUCCAAUAGCAAUCACUUCUCACAAAAAUCGUCAAUUUGUGCGUAAAACGCUUUUAAUGCCAACAGAUUUAGUUGUAGCAACUCCAGCGGGAUUGUUGGAUUACAUCAAAAACAAACAUAUAUCAUUAUCAGAAACUCGUUAUUUGGUUAUAGAUGAAGCUGAUACUAUGUUUUGUAAAGGAUUUGAUAAAGAUGUUACUUCAAUUAUUAAACAAAUUAAAGCUUCAAAUGUAACACAAAAUAAUCGACCAUAUCAAAUUAUUGUGGUAACGGCAACAUUACCAAAAACUGUUAAUGAAUUAUUAAGUAAAGAGUUACCUUUUAUGAAACGUAUAACUUCCUAUUCCUUACAUAAAUCUUUACCCAAUCUCUCUCACAAUUUUAUUGAUUUAAAAAUAUUUAAUUAUAACAAGUAUGAGGCCACUAUACAAACUUUAAAAGCACAUUCCGAAUCUGCAUCAACAAUGAUAUUUUGUAACAAAAAAAAAACGGCUGAACAUUUAGAAAAAUAUCUUUAUUCUAAAAAUUUUCCAGCGAUAGGAUUAUAUGGAGAUAUAGAUGAUAGAACAACUAAAUUAGAAUCAUUCAGAAAUCAAGAAUCUCACGCUAAAAUUCUUGUAUGUACUGAUAUUGCUUCCAGAGGAGUUGAUACUACUUUUGUAAAUCAUGUGAUACUAUUUGAUUUUCCUACAACUAUUGUGGAUUUUCUUCACAGGGUUGGUAGAACCGCUAGAGCUGGAAAACGCGGUAAAGCAACAUAUUUUGUUACAAAGAAAGAUAGGCAAUUAGCAGAAAGGAUUAAAAGGAAUAUAAGAGAUAAAAGAGUUUUAUCGUAGUUGCGAAAGUAAUAAAAUAUGCAUGUUUCAAAUUAAAAAAAAUAUUAGUCAUACAAAUUUGUCGAUCAUUUAUUGAUUUAAUCCUGUCUUGAAGAACCUAGCAAGACACUCAUACGACCUGGCCAAAAAUAGAAGGUACAAUGGUCUUUUACGAAAAUUUUCGUCAUUCAAAGGUCUUUUUUACACGUAUUUGCAAUCAUAGUGGAUAAGCGGAUAAGCCGAUUAGGUUGAUAAAGUUGCUGACCUGUAAAAAAUUUGAUCAUCGUUUUUUCAGGAUCUGCUUGUGUUAAUUAAUAUAUUAUUAUUGUUGAAUGAAUUUCACUCCUUUGCCCAAAAUGCAUCAAAUAAACCUUUAAGUUUGAUCAAAUAAUAAAAUUGAUAUAUCUAUUUAUAUGUAUAUACAU